CCCACUUCUGCUUGAUUAGUCAUCUACCGUAACUUAAGCCGCAUACCUCCACAUGAGGUGAAGGCGUAAUGACAAACAAACAAACAACCACAACCAACACUAUCGUCAUCCAGGAACCACAUCCAAGCCAUGGGCUUGCUAAUCAGAUUCAUCCGGGAUGACCGGGUAUUGUUUGGCUACUUAGCCCUCAAUGCAGUGGGAUGGCUCUGGGGAGUGCGCAUCCUCCUUAGGAAGUGGCGCGACGAGGCCGAGAUUAAGCCAGUACAGCCUAAGACACAGUACAUCACCCAGGAGACCGAAGACGCGCUGAAGCUGGGCACACUCGACACACUGCUCGGCCACUACAACUACUCGAUCCGUGAAACGGCUGCCAAGAUCGUAUGCGACAGAGCCGUCAAUGACCGAGACGCGAUCGAAAUGCUGCUCUGGGGCAUCACGCGCCAGGACUAUGAAGAACGGUUGAAGAAUCUUAGGGCGCUUUCUAUCAUCAUCGCUGACGCUGAAAGCCUGGAGCGGCUCCAUACAUGGAAAGCCUAUGCUGCCCUGGUCAGAUGCCUAGAGUUGUCCCUUGACCCGAAGCAAGACGUGCUUGAGGCAGAAGGCUUUGACGAAUACGCGCUUCGGGACAUAACGGAGCGAGUCUGUCUAAUGUACGUCAGUCAGCUGCUCAGCUGUUACGACGCUGAAAAGCUCGUCAAAGCCAAGUUUGUUGAGAAGUGGCUGGCGAAGCAAAACUGGGGCAUCACAAAGGAGGACCGGCAGCGGAAUUUUGCGCAGUACAUGCGCUGCAGAGGCAACCACAUCGCUGACAUUGUCGCUUCAAUUCGUGCUUGUCCAUCUGGCCAAGAGGCUCUGGAGAGGGCGGAGCUCGUCGCCCCGCCAUCACCCACAGACAGCGACCCCGAGGACAACGCCCCGCUUAUUGAGCGGUUCAAGGUUCUGCUCCCUAACAACAUCAGUGUCAGGAACCUUAGUGAGGAUGACCCGACGGCGUUGUUGAUCCGUUCCCUCCAGACAGUGCAUUCGGUCGAGGUCGAGGAGCAACGUAUGAGGCAUCGGCAUCGCGAGGCUAUGGUUCUGAAUGAUGGGAGCCGACCUGUCAACAGCGAUGAUAUCAUCCAGCGGCCGGAUUCUCCCACGUGAUUCCACCAUGACCGAGAGAAAACGGGGAUUAUGGCAGGUCUGAAGCUGCAUUUA